AUGUUUGAUUAUCUUUUUGGUAAAAUUACUUUCAAAGAAGAGAGUGUGAUCACUAUUGACAAUCAAGGUGUGGGUUACCUUGUCUAUGUGCCAUUAAUUUUUGCACAGGAAUUAGCAGUUGAAGAAGACAAGAAAGUUUAUAUCCAUCAAGUGGUAGGUGAGAAAGAAAACACACUUUAUGGGUUUCGGAGUCGAUUAAUGAGAUCACUUUUCCAAUCUCUUAUUGGGGUUUCUGGUGUGGGUCCUAAAAUGGCGAUUAAGGUUUUAGAUGACUUUUCUCCCGAACAACUCCUUGACAUUUUUGCGAACAAAAGAAUUGAACAAUUAAAAAAUGUAAAGGGAUUGGGAAGCAAGACACGAGAGAAAAUUUUUAUCGAUUUAAAUAAAAAAGCAAAGGAAAUGAUUGUUCUUUUCAAGGUGGAAAAAAAUGUUUCCAUACCAAAUUCCUCACUGGAGCAAGAAGUCAAAGCAAGUUUAAUACAGCUAGGUUAUAAGGAAAGCGAGUUAAAAGAUGUCGUGCCUUCUAUCAUCCAAGACCUCUCUUCCGAGGGAUUGCCCACCAUAGAAAGAGUAAUCAAGGAUACCUUAGAAAAAUUAUCUAAAUUAAAAUGA